AAAGCGUACAAAGGACGCGAGAAACAGACAAGCCCUCACUCUCCUCCUAACGUCACGAUAAUCUCGCUCGCCCCUGCUCGUCUUGCAGCUAUCACGCGACGCGUCUACAUGCACUGGGCGUUCGAGAUAGGAGCAGCAGCAGCAAGCAGCAGUAGCGGCCCGAACGCCCUUAGCGAUCACUCGGCCGCAUAAGGACCAGCGCAGCGUUUUUCGAUUGCUACCCUCCCUUUCUUUUCCUCGCUGGCUGUCGGACCGAGGGCCUGUGACCAAAGGAGGGUAUGACGUCAUGGUUGCUGCUUCCCCUCGUGGGGAUCCUGUACAUGGCGGGCUGCAGCCAUGGCUUGGACAACGGGGUGGCCCUCACACCGCCUAUGGGAUGGCUCUCUUGGGAGCGAUUUCUGUGCAACGUCGACUGCAAUAAGGACCCGCAAAACUGCAUCAGCGAGCAGCUCUACAAGACAAUGGCGGACAUCAUGGCGACCCAGGGUUACCGGGAUGCGGGCUACCAGUUCGUCAACGUGGACGACUGCUGGAUGGCAGACGAGCGUGAUUUUGACGGCCACCUGAGGCCCAAUGCCACGCGCUUCCCCAGUGGCAUCAAAGCACUCGCCGCAUACAUACACGACAAGGGCCUCAAGUUUGGCAUCUACCAGGACUCUGGCCUGAAGACGUGCGCCGGAUAUCCGGGCGCAUUGUGCCACUACGUCAACGACGCGCGUACCUACGCCGACUGGGGUGUCGACAUGGUCAAGCUAGACGGAUGCAACCUCAACCCCCGUCUCAUGGACAUUCUGUAUCCGGCGUACACCCAGUCCCUGAAUAGGACCGGCCGGCCGAUAGUCUUCUCAUGCAGCUGGCCUGCCUACCAAGUCGAUCUUGGAAUGAAGCCCAACUACCGGGCAAUCGCCCACUCAUGUAACCUAUGGCGCUACUACGACGACAUCUCAGACUCGUGGGAAAGCGUGCUCUCAAUUCUGGACUACUACGCCUCCGUUCAGGACACACUGAUCCGUGUGUCCGGUCCAGGACGAUGGAGCGACCCCGAUAUGCUCAUCAUCGGCAACUACGGCCUGAGUUACGACCAGAGUAAAGCGCAGAUGGCUCUGUGGGCCAUCAUGGCCGCUCCGCUCUUCAUGUCCGUUGACCUGAGAACCAUCCGGCCAGAGUUCAAGGAAAUUCUGCUCAACAGACAGAUCAUUGCCGUCAACCAGGACCCACUAGGAAAGAUGGGAAGACGGAUCGUGACGGUGAAUGGUAUCGAAGUGUGGGCACGACCUCUGGCACCCGUGACUGACGAGGGCUUUCCGUCCGCCGCCAUCGUGCUAUUCAACCGGCGCCACAUUGGAGGCCCCGUACGGGUCACCCUUCAGCUGAACAGCAUCGGCCUCACCAACCCCCACGGCUACAAGGUGUGGGACCUGUAUGACCCUCAUGCGACCCCGGUCAUCGUCAAGCCGUUCGAGGACAUCCCGUCGACCGUCAACCCAUCUGGAGUUGUGAUGCUCAGGGCCGAGCCAGUGCCCGCUCCAAGACCGCAACCGCAGCAGCCUGAAGGAACCGCGCCUGGUGGAGGCGGUGGAGUGGCCGUUGUAGUCGCGAAAGGAGGCCCUGAAGGUGGCGUUAAGGGCGUGGCAGGCGGGCUCCAGGAGGAGAAAUCGCCAUUGGUGGCGGUGCCGGAGCUGUACCUGGAACAGGACCAAGCAUAAUCCGUAUAAAUGGAGGCGGACAAGGCGGCGGCCCUGGUGGUGGCGUAGGAGUUGGUGGUGGAAUGGGCGCUGGAGCCGGGGGUGGAAUGGGUGGUGGAGCCGGUGGCGGAAACGGUGUUAGUUUGAAUGAAGUACCUGGCGUAGGCACAGGUGGCAGCUCUUCUGGUAUCAUUGAAAACGUCAAUAAUGCGCUUGGAACUGGUGCUGCAAUUGCAGCUGCCAAGCCCGAAGAGGCCCUUCCUGUUGCGAAGGGUGGAAAUGUUGUCAAAGGAGGAGUGUGAUAGCCACAGCGAUAUGAUGCCAACGCACCAAGCGUAAAAUAUGACGAAAGCAAUUGAUUUGGUCUUGAAAAAAGAAUUUUCACACGUUUGUUAUUGGGGGUGCAGUAAAAGCGCGCGUUUGAAACGUGUUUGGGAUUUUAUAAUCUAAACAACAACAAAAAACAGGUAAAAAAUGUGCCCUAAAAACUAAUAAACUAAUUCUGACGUUGUUAUACCACGUGCGUCGAUCAUGCACAGACAUCAACGUAAACGAAUAAAAAAAAA